AUGCGACAGCACAGAGAUCAGGUCGGCGAGGCCUGGGGAGGGUCUGUGCUGGCCGGGCAGCGGCGCUGGGGCCUUUGCGGGCAGGUCUUGGCCCGUGGCAGGACAAGGAGGACAGAGGACAAAGCCCUGCCGGCGCUCACGGCACAGCCUAAUGUUUUGUUUCCCUGCCAGGAUGGUGACAAGUUCUGGAGGAUGCCCGAGUGUUACAUUCGUGGCAGCACCAUCAAGUACCUGCGAAUCCCCGAUGAAAUCAUCGACAUGGUGAAAGAAGAGGUGGUGUCGAAGGGCCGCGGCCGCGGCGGGAUGCAGCAGCAGAAGCAGCAGAAGGGCCGCGGCGUCGGAGGGGCUGGACGAGGUGUGUUCGGCGGCCGUGGCCGAGGGAUUCCAGGCAGCGGAAGAGGCCAGCAGGAGAAGAAGCCGGGCAGGCAAUCGGCAAAGCAGUGA